AUGAGUGAUUCAGAGUUGAACACAGUCAUUGAAUUUAACAAAUACAAGAUAUUGAUAGUCAUUUUCACGGCACUAGUUGCCUCGAUUGCUGCCGAACUUUUGUCUUAUUUUUUAUUUUUUAGGAAAAGUGACUUUCUAAAAUUACAAGACAAUUUAUUUAAAUCAAGAGCAAAGUUAGACAAAUUAAAAUUAAAGGAUAGGACAGGAAUAAUCACUGAGAAUGCAACUUUAUCUUCGAGUUAUUCAAACAAAGUGAAGAAAAAUCCUAAAAUUGAAUCUCUAGAGCAAAGUAUUACGAACUUGAAUUAUAAGAUUUCAAUGAUUAAGAUGAAAUCAGGUAUAUUAGUAGGUAUUUUGUUUGCUGCACUCAUUCCUCUGAAAAAUACAUUUUUUGGAGAUCUACCAAUCUGUAAGCUCCCAUUUGAACCAAUUAAGAUAUUUAGAUUAGUUACUCAAGCUGGGCUUAAGAAUGCUUCAGUAGAUGAUGCAGGAAGUAUUUUUAUUUUUGGACAGGCGUUUAUGGCUUUUAGAAUGGCCAUACAGAAGGCAGUCUAUUUUGACACUUCAACAUCAUUUGGGAGAAUGUAA